UCGAUUUCGGCUGGCGCUGCAGCUCGUCUUUGAUGUCUUCUGUGGCUUGCUCUUUACUUUUUUUUUUUCUCUGACAACCAGAAAAACCGUUAACUUCCUUCCUGCCCCUCGUAUCCUGUACGAGCGAGCGAGCGCGAGGGCGCCGGGGAGCUGGAUUGGCACAGGGUUGCUCUGCGAGUUGCUGCUCACUUCUCUCGGGACGGACAGGCCAGCCCAAACGCAUGAGAAAGGCCGGCGUGACUGAAGAGGCGAGGACUACGCAGGAGGAGACCACCUUACACUGAAGAGAAGACAAGACAAGCCGAGAGAGUGACCUGCUGCCCACCGCCAUGGACCUGUCAGGCUCAGGAGCCUUCAUGUGGGGAGCGGCACUCCUGCUGCCAGGCUUGCUGACCACAGCUUUGUGCAUCUUCUGCCGGAGGCACCCGAGAGUGAGGAUCCCGGAGGUCGACGACUACGAACCCAAACCCAGUUUUGAAGGCCAAGGCUUCACCAUCCUCGGCCGGCACCCUUACCCCAACUCUGUUAUGAACUCAUCUCAGCCUCCUCAGAUGUCACCAUUCCUGACCCUUCCGUCGGCACUCCCACAGACCCGAAGUCGCAUAUCCUUGGUAAACACGGAGAUCAUAGAUAAUGUGCCCAGCUAUGAAAAUAAUGCAGUCUUGGACAUUGAUGACUAUGUGAAUAAUGAAGCUGAGAUACCCGGAGAGGGAUACAUUGAAGUCCUGCCAGACCCCCCACAGUCCAACACACCUGACCCUCUGAGCCACACUCCCGCCCGCUCGUCCUGCAGCUCAGUCGGGGAGGAAGACUACGUGAACCUGAACGAGAACAACGUGAGCGGCAGGGGCGAUUCCUCCUCCGCAGACAUUGGAGACUACGUGAAUGUGAAGGCCAAAGUCAGUGGGCUCAGUCACAGCCAGCAGACCCUCGAGAGGGCCGACAGUGAAGACGACGAGGUUGACUAUGUGAACAAUCCCGUGUCAGCGUAGCCCCUGCGCCCAAAGGAACACCAGUAGCGAGGGGGCAGUCCAGGGGGUCACACUGAGGGGUGUCCUGCCUUUACCUUGGAGCCGCAGCACGUCCACCUCACGGGAGUCGGACGCUGAGAUUAAGACUGGCCCGCAAUGGCUGAUGGGAAUUCUGCUGCCUGCGGUUCCUCUUUCGAAACUGGAAACGGAAAUCUUGCUGAGAUCUGUGGGAUUUACGACAUAUCCUGAGAAGAAUUAAGAUGCAAUGUUUAAAUGUGUGUGUGCGCGUGGUGUGUGUGUGUGCGCGUGUGUGUCUGUCUGUCUGAACACCUUCACCCCUCCCCCACACUCUAUUCUGAAACUAAAUAAAUAAAUAAAUAAAUACAACUUUAAACAAA